AUGGCAGACACUACGAACAGCUUGCUAAAAAGACCCCAUCCCGAAGACGGAGACCUCAACUCCCAAAAGAAAUUGCGCUCCAACGAUGGCUCACCGCACCCAGUCACCAAUGGCGCUUCAGCCUCAUCACGACCAGAUGUCAGCAGGAUCCUCGCCGAAGCAAGGGCAAAGGCAGAGGCUGCAAAAGCCAGACUUCAGGGGGCAAGAGGUGGGGCAUCUGCCUCAGUGGCCCCCGGGACAAGUGCUACGACUCCAGCCGCUGGGAGUGCACAAGAUAGACUGGCUCAGAUGAGGGCCAGGGUCGCGGCCGCAACGGGUAGAGCAAGCGCCAUGGCACAGCAAAACCCUGGCACCGCAACGCAAAGUUACACUCCAACAGCCUUUGAUGAUGGAAUGGUGCGAGCUCGAGGUGGUUUAGACGUUGGUCUACAUCCAGCAUUAAUGGGAGAGUCUUCGUCGCAAGGCCCGAGAUCAGGCAAAGGACAAAGUCUUCCACAGAAGCUUGCUACCACAGUCGGCAGUCAACGGACGGGAUCGCCAGCACCAGCGGCCAAGAAAGCCCGACUUGACCUUUCGGCUCCUUCUCUAGAGGAGAUCAAAUCCAACCCCUACUAUGACGCCAGCCUAAGUUCCAAAAAUGCCAUUCCAAAAGGGCGACAUUCACGACAGUUGGUCUUCAAUCAAAAGGGGAAAUACAUCCAACAAGCUCUAGCACUUAAGCGACAAGCCCAGCUUGAGGCAAUGAAGAAAGGGAUAGCGGAGCGAGCCCGCAAAGCUGGUAUCGAAGAAGAGCUUGAUGCGGAAAAAGCAUUUAUAGUUUCGGCACCGCCUGCUUUGGAGUGGUGGGACGAGGGGCUUGUGAGUGGCGACUCUUACGAUGCCAUGGCAGAUCCAGCAAACAUCAAGAUUGAUACAGACGAUUCUAUCAUUACCAUCUAUAUCCAGCAUCCUGUACUGCUCGAGCCACCACAAGAGAAGAUCGUGCCUGCUCCAAAACCCAUGUUCCUCACUUCGAAAGAGCAGGCGAAGCUUCGGCGCCAGCGGCGUAUGGCCGAUCUGAAAGAGCAGCAGGCCAAGAUUCGGCUUGGUUUGGAGCCCGCUCCUCCGCCAAAAGUCAAAAGGAGCAAUAUGAUGCUGGUCUUGGGUGAAGAAGCUGUAAAGGAUCCAACAGCUGUGGAAGCUCGUGUCAAUCGCGAGAUUGCAGAAAGAAAGGCCAAGCAUGACAUGACUAAUGAAGAACGCAAACUGACUGACGAGCAACGGCACGAGAAGCUAGCUACCAAGCAGCAGGAGGAUGCGGCUAAGGGGAUCUUCACCAACGUCUAUCGGAUUGACAGUCUCGCAAAUGGUCGCCAUCGCUACAAGAUUGCGGUCAACGCCGAGCAAAAUGCUUUGACUGGCGUAUGCAUCAUGCAUCCGAAGAUGAAUUUGGUUGUUGUAGAAGGAGGGGCACAUUCUAUCAGAUCCUACAAGAAGCUAAUGAUGCACCGGAUUGAUUGGACUGAAAAUGCCGGCCCCAGCAGUGUACGAGAGGGCAACAAAGAGGCGCUCGCGAAAUGGCUAGAGGCGGAGGACGAGAAAGGUGAAUUAAAAGACCUGAGCUUGAAUUCGUGUCAAUUGGUCUUCGAGGGAGAAGAGAAGCAACAAGGUUUCCGAAAGUGGCUCGGGGCUAGGGUAUGCGAAUCAGAUGCACAAGCCAAGGACAUUCUGGGCAGGGCAAAGAUGGAAAGCUUCUGGAAUUUGGCCAAGAGCAUGAAGAAGGCUGAUUGA